GUAAUGUAUGUACACAGUGACCUCACCAGCAGAAUAGUGAGUACAGCUCUGGAGUAUAAUACAGGAUAUAACUCAGGAUCAGUACAGGAUAAGUAAUGUAAUGUAGGUACACAGUGACCCCACUGAUUUAUCCUGUAAAUAUUCCGUAGUGAUGAAGUCCAUAGUCCUAAGUAUACUGUAUGUUAUCUCGUGUAUUUCACAUGUAAUACAGUCUAUAUCCAGCAGAUGCCGCUGUCGUCUCUCACGGAGAAGAUGAGUUUAGCAGCUUUCCUCCGCACUCUUUCUGUAGUACCACAAUUUCCUCACAGGAGGCGCUCAUUCUCAUGCUUUGAGCGCAGUGUAGACACAACCCAGCAGAUGUCGCUAUCUUCUUCCUGUUUAGAACCAUCUGUUGCUGCAAUAUGGACGUGCCCCAGUAGGUGUCGCUGCGCUCCCUCCACUCUUCCCGCUGCGGCCCUCGGGACGCGUCCAUAGUAACGGCAGGGAGUGAACGGCGCGAGAGCGGGUGUGCAGGAGCGGUCAGUGCGCAUGCGCCGGGGACAGAGCCCGGACAUGGACGGGGAAGAGGCAGCUGCUGCGGUGAGAAAAUACAAUGCGGCUGAGUCGUGGUACCAACUCCCGGCAGUGGAGGAUGCCAGUGUUGCCAUGCCCACGCUUAGUGAGACGGUGGCCCGCGGGGAGUAUACAGACUUCCCCAGCCUGGAGGAGGGCACUCUGCUGUCAGAGACUGAGCUGAGAAAAGGCUUCUUUGUUGGACAGACACACUUAUCACAGCUGGAGGUCCAGGACAGCCGUCUGUCUCCUCGCCUUCACCUCCUGGCCACUGUCUCUACCCCAGAGAUCCAGGACAGUCGUCUGUCCCCCCACCUCCCUCUCAUGACUGCCGACUCCACAUCAGGACACAAGUUCUUUGAAGACACUUUAUUCCAGAAGACAGAGGUGGACGACUUUGCUCCUCUAAGAGCUUCGCUGGACAUGUCGCAGUUCCCAAGACUCCCAUUAGAGUCCUUACAGAUGAGUGAUGCUGUGGAGUUGGCCAGUAAAGAAGUGGCCAUGGACCAAGGGGAAAGUAGUGUCUUUAUAUCACAGAAUUACUUGAGGACAGCCCAGGAGGAUAUGGAAGUCGGUGGUGGGCUACAGUCCCUCUCACAGCACCCACUGUCUUUUAGCCAUGGAGAAAAAGAUUAUAAAGGCAAUGAGCCCAAGUCAGCAGUCUCAACAGUGGCAUCUUCUGAUAACAUUAAUCCACUUAUCAUAGACAAGGACCUCACAAGUGAAGAUGGUGCCUUCUUAAGGAGCAGUGUCCCUGCCCCUGUGUUGUUGGAGCUGUUGGAGAAAGAAGUGGGAAUGUCAAGUAGCAGUGGACGGUCUUCUAGACGUUCUUCCAAAUCUAGUGGGUCGGAGAAUGUUCCAGGGAGUAAACAUCAAGAACCUGAUCCAGAACCCAAGAACCUCAUCACCUUGGAUUCUGGUUUGAGCAUAGAUCCCAAAACAGCCUCCAACCAGUCAUUAGAAGAGUCAUUCAGAGACUCCAGUCAAGUGGAUUUCUUAAAGGAUCUUCAGAAAGAAACUGAGGAUCCCAAUGAACUUAGUCACCUAAACCAGUCUGGUAUCACUCUGCGACAGAUGAAACCACCAUCAUUGAUGGACACUCUCCACAAGCAACUCUGCUCUGAAAUCCAGCAAAGAUACAAAGAACAGGAUACCAAGAUCAGGAAAGAGACCACCAGCCCUCAAAGCUCACUUGUCUUCAACAAAACCUGCACUGAAUCACCCAGCAAUGUAGAAGACACGAAAGGGGAUGCCCCCCUACGGGAAGAGCUGAGUAUGUCUUCUCGCUGUAGCAUAGAACGUGGCCAUAAAGACACAGAGAUGUCACAGGCAGGAAACACUCCGGUGGACGAGGCUUCGUUCAUUGGCAGAUUAGCUCAUCCCAUCUCUCAGUCCACACCUGGAACAUUUACAAUGAAUCGCAAGCCGCUCUCCGGUAGAAUACAGCAAAUCAAGGCCAAGCUGACCGGAUCUGACAUGUCUUUAAAUGAAGAGCCUUCCACUGAGUCCUCUCCCCAUAAUGUGGCUCAGUCUGCUCUGCCCCAAUCUGUCCAGAGCAGCCAAGGGUACCCUGAGAGCAGUGACUCUCAGAGAUCAUUGUCCCCACAAAGGAGGAGAAUUCAGUCUCUGCCCAGUUUGAAUUAUAUUGAGAAGGUUGGAGCCUGGAAUACUAACCAGUCAUUUGAUGCCUUGGUUCUCCGUGGUAUAACCGGCACGUCUCCCAAGAAGUUAGCCUACAAUGCAGUGGCUGAUUCCUUAAACCGGAUGCUGUCUAGUCAGGCAAGUGCCACUAAUCCUAAGAAAGGGCUCUCUGCCUCGUUCAAAGCCACGUCCUCUAUGACCAAUCUGAGUACAGCAGAGAAAGAGUCAUCCACCACCUCCCAGAUCACCAGAUCUCAGUCUUACAACUCUGUAUUACCCAGAGAAGAUCAGGCAGAAGAAGUUGUCCGACCUUCAGAAGUACAUGAGACGACUAUAUCUGCAACGGCACAAUCCCAGGUCUCCAGUGGUUCCUCCACCACCAGGGAUAAUGCCAGUAAGUGGGUGGAAAGUAACACCAUGGGCUCCAGUGUUGGAGGUCAGGAUCAUCCUGUCACUAAAACACCCUCAGAACUUAAGGACAGUUUACACAGUGGUCGAAGAGAGGGAUUUGAUACAUCGGAGAAUCAGAAUCGCAACUUGGUUACAAUGGAUCAAUUCAGUGAUGUUUCCUUAGAUCAAGAUUACGCCAACAGCUCGAAUUCUAGUAACCGUGAGAAGGAGAUGCUCCUGGCGUCCCUGACUUCUGCCAAGCAUGACCUGACCAGGGAAGGAGGAGAAGACAACUGGUCACCUACGAGAGAGACACCUGGGAAGGAGGAGCUAGACAUAGAAGAAAGAAUACCUACGUACCUCAAGAACCUUGGCAUUGAUCAAUCCCCCACCACUAUCCUCACACCAUUUGCACCAAGGGGACCCAUUCGGGAACCAGAGUUCUCUCCAUCAGAGCUGAGAACAAUUAAAGGAUCCACAGCAACGCCCAGCCGGAGUAUGAGGCUCUCUGAAGGUGGUUCUCAGAGCGCGGUGAACAUCUCCCAGUCCAGCCUGUAUUCAUCCACUUCUACCACCAGUGUAUCUAUUCCUAUGGGAUCAGAAGCUGGGCCAGAAUCUCCAUUACCUACUGAGCUGUCUCCUCCUUUCGGCCCCAGAUCUGCUGAUGACAGGCCGAUCAGCCAGGACGACACUAUGACUCGGGGUGUUGGAAGAGAUUUGGCGACGCUCUCUGACCACGUAGCUAUGUCUCCAGCUGUUAAGCCAAUCCAUGAUCUUAACUUGAGUGAGGUGCCAUCCCAAGCAUUCCUCGAUGAAGAUCUUGUGAAGUCCACAGGAGUAAAGCAGAUCAUAGAACAAUUUGAGACUGGUGGGUACGAUGGGACCACCCCACGUCAUAUUAUACAAGAGCAGGCGUCAUCCUUACAGGGCUUCUCUAUGAGACCUCCCAUCGUGGAUCCUAUUAAUGACUCAUUCAUUGGGUCCAAGACCCUAAAAGAGAUCCAGAAGCUCUUAGCAGAAGGUGUCAGUCUCGAUAGGACAGGUUCCGGUUUACACCGAGCAUCUCCAGUAGGGGAUCCAUACACAGAGUCUCCUUCAAGGAGCCUAAAUUUAGAAGACUCACUUAAGUCUCUGAAUAGCAGAUCUGCAAGCCCCUUGGAUCUCCUGGUGAAGGACAUGUCUUGGGACUCUUCGUUCAAUAGUGGCUUAACAGGUGACCAUUUGGUGAAUAAAGAUUUGGCAGGGACCUGGAACACUGACUCUCUUAAUACUGGUAGUUCUUCCUAUUUAGAACUAUCUGUAAACACCUUUGCCGCACCAGUGAGUCAUUGGCGAAGGUCAGAGCCAGAAGGCUGCAGUAAAGCCACAACAAAUAAGGUCAUGCCAUCUUCAGUCAAGUUCCAGGAUGCUAUUGGCAGGGGGGAAAGGGAAUUUGUGGACGUAGCUGAGAGGGUGCAGCGAAGUGAGCAACUUUUAAGCAACGUUUCAAGCUCAGUGGGAGGCUUGAAGAAUACUUUGGCUGUAACAGGAUCUGUUUAUGCUCGGGGAAGGGAUACCGAAAGUGAUGAAAGUAGCGGGGACUCCCUUGCUGCCCGAGUUACAAGCCUCUUGAGGAACGAGACCCCAUUGACUCACACAGUGCGAGUGACGCAAAGUGCAGAUGAGGAGGAAAGGAGAGCAAGAGGUUCGGUGAAGCUAAAGCUGACCAGUCACCCGAUGAUGGCGGAGGACACGGAGCUGAGUGAAGAGGACAGGAGACGGAUAGAGGAGAUUAAGAAGGAACUGCUAGACAAGGCCAAGGAGGCUGAGAAGGAUUAUUCUCGACUAGCUUCUUCCAGGGAGGCAAGGGAAUUCAGGUUACGGCUGACCCCAUCACCAUUCCAGUUACCGGUCACUAGCUCUCAUGAGGACACACAAGAUAUACCCUCACAUGUCCAUCACUAUACCACAAGUGGAGGAAUGACUAAAGACUCAUCCGAUCAUCCUCCGCCAACACCUCAUUCUUGUCAACAAGAUCCAACAGCAGCAUUGGGGGAAAAUGCUCAUGAGCUGGAGAGACAAAGCAUGAGUCCCACCGUAGAGGCCACAAAACCAAUAUCUUCCAUCACGUUUUCCUCCCGUAAACGUUCUUCACCUCUGUCUGCUUCUCUUGAUGGAGGUUCUGAGCCACUUCCUUCCCGUCUACAAGAUGUCUUCGAUAAGUCACCAGACAACCAAGGUUUUGACCAUAAAUCUCCUUCUGUACUUCCAUUGUCUCAUGAAAUCUAUCACAUUCACCAUCAAGACCUUGCUGAUAAAGAAUCGUUUCCCACUUCUGGUGCUUGUACAACCCAGGAGUUUCCAUCGAGUUCCUGGGUUGUUGAUGAAGGAUACUCUGAAGCUGCAUCCAUACAACAAACUUCUGCUCCAUCUGUUAAAAGAUAUGGUACAUGGUCAUUCACUCCAAAGGAAAAUGUGGACCCUGGAUGUGAAAGUGUUAAUCCAGAAGGUUCCUUAGUCAUGGAUCACAGUCAUCGGGUGAAGAGCAGUGGUAGUGAUGAUCGACAAAGACCGUAUUGUGGACCAGAUAACUGUGAAGAUUCUGCGGAAGGAUCACUCCUAACCAAACAAACUUUAUCUUCUCCAACUCGAAAAGCCCUUUCUUGUAUCCAUGUUACUAUCUCUCCAAAGGAGGACAUGAAAGUGCUCGAUGUUACCACAGCCCUGGUGACCGUAGAUCCUGAGAGAGGUUCAUCUGCUAUGGAAGCAAGAGCAAAUCUAGAUAAGUCCAGGUCAUCGUCUGCACACCUCCCUGAGAAAGUCCUGAGCCUUAACAACUUAUCUGCUAGGACAGUCCCACUCAGCAGUCCCCACCCUACAGAAGACAAUAAGGCCACUCAUAAAGAUUUCAGCCAGUUUAUGGACAAAGAAAACCUUCCCACAAAAUGGAUCCAGUCUGAGAGAAGACGCUCUCCACUGUCUGAUGCCACUACUCAGAUAACCACCGAAAGUCCGGAGAAAACCACCUUCUCAGCUGAAAUCUUUGUUGAGGGGUCAUUGAGAGAAGCCUCCACACCGUCAAUCCUAAAAGUCAACCACACCCCUGAACAACAGACGUCCCCCAAGACUUCACUAUCCUAUCUGUCCCGGGCUACUGAUCAACCUUUGCUGUUGCCGUAUCGGCCCCCGGGGAGCCCAGAGCUGUUCUAUGUGCCCUUCAUGGAAGGUGGAUCCAGGAUGUCCCCUGUCAGUACCAUCGAGAGCUCCCAUACAGGCUCCAAUGAUGCCGUUUCCCCAAAUUUUCAUCCUGACAUCUUGGGUUCUACUACAGAAAAGCUGUCAGACCUUAAUAUACCCAGACACAGAGAGGGCAUCUACACUAAAGAGCCAAGCCCCAAAACGUCGGAGAGGAAACCGCAGAUGGCAAGAGGUUCAACUGGUGACCAUAAAUCCGCCGAUCAUCCAUUGAAGUCGGCAUACAGUCCACUGCAGGAUUCUAGGAUCCUCAGUAAAAUGUCCCACAGCACCAUCCGUCCUAGCAGUCCUGAGUCCACAAAGAGAUCGAUCUCUGGGGGGCUGAGGUCAGAUCUGGCUUUCUCCUUGGGGGAUGAGGAGUUCCUUCCCUUACAACCGGAAAUAGACUAUUGCCAAGUGCAACCUGAUAUGCACACACCACUAAGGGCCCUAGAGGUGACCGAGAGAAAAAAGACUUACAAAGACGUUCCUAGCCAGACCCAUGGAAAACCAAGCGGUUCAGCAGACAGCAGCCUACAGAGGAGUUUCUCCAGAAGCCGUGCCAUCAGUAGAGCAGGGAGCUCGGGUCAGAGCGUCAUCUCCAACCAGAGCCUGGACGAUCUCUGGGCACGCUAUACAGAAAGAAAAAGACGGACACCUGAAUCCAGCAGCAAGCUGGAAGUAUCGCUGGUGGAACGUCUGGAGCGUUUGGCUCGGCUGCUGCAGAACCCUCAGCCUCACUCACUUAUGGUGUCCACUGAUAAGGAGGAGAACCAUCAAGAGAUAAAGAAAGCUGCCCGGGAGCAGUGGUACAGGAGGAAACUUGGGGUAGACUCUCCAGAGGAUGACUUUGUGAGUAAACCCUAUGAGGGAUCUGACAAUUCCUCGCUGCAUUCUGAGGUGAGAAGCACAGUGACCGAUAGCGCCACCGUCACCACAGAGUCUCUGGUGGGCAGUGACGUCUCAUCCGGGACUGGCGGCAGCACCUCUGUGUCCACCAUAGACACCAUCAGACUGAUUAAUGCUUUUGGACCUGAGAAGGUCAUCCCAUCAUCGAGGCUCAGACGUCUUUACAGCACCAUUGACAUGCAGAAGAAGCGUACAGAGGAGACAGUGAGGGGAUCGAAACGGGGGCCUGCGGGCCGGGGACAGCCCAGGAUGGAGAUACAGGAGCUCCUGAAGAGUCACAGUAAGAUGGCGGAUGUGGAAUCUGUUGCCUCAGCAGACAGUUUAUGGGAACCAAGCCCAGCUCUGAGACCGAAAAAUGGCAGCAAGGGGCUGAGCAAAGGAGUCCAGGCAGGAGAGUUGGAGAUUGUGAUGAGUGCCACCAGGAAGAACACCCGAGAUGUGGGCACCACGUUCCCGUCUCCAGGAGGCGAGCGGCUGAAGUCUGUGGCAGCGAACAUGGAGGCCAAUGUGAGAACGUCCAACAGCAAAGUGAAGGCAGCGGUGCCAUACAUCCCAGCCGGGCUGAGCUGGUUUGUGCCGGCUGAAAACCUGAAAUCCGAGUCCAGGAAGGAGAACGAGCCACGGGUCGGGAGAGGUCCAGGGCCUGCCUGGUAUGAGCCAGUAAAAAGCACCAAGCCCUGGAGAGAACCUUUACGGGAGAAGAAUGAACAGGACCGCGGCACUAGCAGACAUGACCAGAUCCAUGGAACCAGAGUCACCGUGGACAAGACACUCAAACCAUUUAUCAGAGUGACCCUGCAGGAAUCUCUAAGGUCUCAUCGGCCGGACUUCAUCUUCCGCUCUGGGGAGAGGGUGAAACGGCUGCAGCUCCUCGCUGAGGAGCGCAAACUACAGAGCGUGUUCCAGGGCGAAAGAGACGUUCUCUUCAACCACCAGCCGAGGAGCCGAGCCCCACAAUAUAAAGAUUCCAGAUCACUGCAGCAGAGUCGAAGCAUCCCAAAGAAAGAGAUGAUCCAGAGGUCCAAGAGGAUUUAUGAGCAGCUUCCGGAGAUCAGGAAGAGAAAGGAAGAAGAGAAGAGGAGAUCGGAGUACGACUCCUAUCGUGUGAGGGCCCAGCUGUUCCGGAAGAAAGUGACCAAUCGCAUCCUGGGCAGGAAGACUCCUUGGAACUGAUUCGGAGACCCCCCUUACCCUAACCUAGGGUCGUAAGGGUCCAUGCACACUACAGAAACUCCACUCAAAAUAAUUUCAGGUGGAAUUCUGCUUGCAGCCGCCUUCGCCAGAAUAGACGCUGAAUGUCUGUACGGACAGUAAGUGGUGUCCCAUUGACUGCAGUGUAGUGCCGGGCGGACACCACCGAAAGAUUCCUGAGCCGCCACAGAAUUUCCAUAGUGUGCACAGUAUAAUGGGAAGUGCAGCUGUAGUGUGAUUGUGCUCUAAAGGACCCUCCCCCACCUUCUAAACUGACAUGUGAUCUAUAGGCUCCGCCUUAUUCCCCCUUAGUGGGGAAUUGUGUUUUUAGAAUUGGGUUAACUUAUAAUUUUG